AAAAAAGAAAAAAGACGAAAAAAAAGAACAAUUUGCAGAAGAGAAUUUGCAGGCAGUCAGGCAGAAUGGACAUCAUGGACAUACAGGCUGUCGAAUCGAAGCUCAGUGACGUCACAGUGACACCAAUACCCCGCUCGCAAGUACAAAACUUCUACAAUUAUCAGCAGCAGCGCGAGCAGCGCGAACAGCAGCCCCAAAUCCAAAUAUCCGCCAUACAUCAUUCACGUGGCAGCAACAAUUCGACAAAUAGCGGCAGCAACACCGGCAACAACAGCAACAUCAACAACAAUAAUAAUAGUAAUAAUAAUAAUAAUAUGGUCGCUACCGAUUAUGCCACAAACAGCAGCAGCAGCAGCGGUUUAGGUGGCGGCGGCGGAGGUGGUAGUAAGCGUGACCGUAACAGCGUCACACAGAGCAGCGCCGCAGCGACAGCAGCGGCAGCAGCCGCCGUUGCCGCCCUGCAAUACUCACCGCAAUUUCUGCAGGCACAGCUGGCGCUGCUGCAGAAACAAUCGAAUACAACGGCAACACCGUCAUCGGCAUCGGCAUCAGCUGCGGCUGCUGCGGCAGCGGCAGCUCUAUCGCUGGCCAACAUUGCAGCCGCCUCGAACGGUGGACGUAGCAGCAUCAACAUCAACAGCAUCAACAAUAUCAACAACAGCAACAGCAGUAACAUUAACACCAACAGCAGCAGCAGCAAUCUUGGCUUGAAUCUCACACAAUCGCAGCUGAAGUACCCGCCACCAUCAACAUCGCCUGCGAUCGUCACCACACAGACAUCGGCGAAUAUAACAACGCCACUGACAUCCACUGCCAAUCUGCCGACAGUUGGCAGUCUGUCCGUUGGCAACGGUUUGACCAAAUAUGCUCAACUCUUGGCCGUCAUCGAGGAGAUGGGACGCGAUAUACGGCCAACGUAUACAGGAUCGCGCAGCUCGACGGAGCGACUGAAGCGUGGCAUUGUCCAUGCACGCAUUCUGGUCCGUGAGUGCCUCAUGGAAACGGAGCGUGCAGCGCGCCAAUGAGAGGAGGAGUGCGGCAUGCCGCAUCUUAAAUCGCCAGAUUAAGCUCUACUCUCCAUCUCCACAUAAAUCGGUUGCAUGGUGAAUGUAAAUGUUGCAUUUAAGUCGAAGCUUUAGUUAUCAAAUUGCUAAAUUGAA